GUUGCUGUCAUGGUUAUAACAUGAUUUCUUGUAAUUUAGUCGAAGUUAUCAAUUAAAUCUGUAACAUAAGGAGCCUUUAAUAAAUUGGUUUUAAUCCAAACACCAUGGAUUACGAGGACGAGCAGUACAAUGAAAUCGAGGCUUUGAAAUCAAUCUAUUGCGGUGAAUUGGAAAUUUUAGUUACUGAACCAUAUUACACAUUUGCCAUACCCAUUAAAACAGAGGAGUAUGAACCAGAAACUGUGAAUGGUCUUAGUUGUCGUUUAGAAUUUACAUACACUGCAAAGUAUCCAGACGAGGCACUCCUCAUAUCAAUAGAAGAACAAGAGAACUUUGAACAAGGGAGUGCAGAAAAAUUAAAGCAUCAUUUAAUAGAAGAAAUGAAUGAAAAUCUUGGAAUGGUUAUGGUAUUCACAUUAGUUAGUGCUGCUCAGGAAUGGCUUAAUGUACAGUGGGACAAAAUUAAAUUAAAUAGAGAAGAGUCUGCAACAAAAAAACUCAAAGAAGAAGAAGAAGCAGAAAGGAAAAAGUUUGAAGGAACUCGAGUCACUGUAGAAACAUUUCUAAGUUGGAAAGAAAAGUUUGACCAAGAAAUGGGAUAUACAAAGCGAAGGGAAAUGGCUGAACGCGAAGGGAAAAAAUUAACAGGCAGAGAAUUAUUUAUGACAGACAAAACAUUGGAUCAAUCAGACCUCAAAUUCUUAGAUGAUGGAGAUGCUGUUAAGGUAGAUGAAAGUCUGUUUCAAAAUCUCGAUGAUUUGGAUCUGGAAGACGAUGACGACGACGAUCCUGAUUACGAACCAAACGCUUCUGACGAUAGUGCCUAAAAUAAAUAUAAUAUAUUUUCAAUGGAAGGGAUGCAGGAAUCUAAUACAAGUAGCAUAUUAAGACAGUAGCACGCUUCCGUGUGGGUCUUUGGAGGAGUUGAAGUUGGUAUAACUUUUGUACAUUAGCACGUUUAGGGACUGAUUAAAAGUAACCAACUAAAUUCAACCCUGUAACAUGUGAUGAGAAACAUCAGACAAUGUUUAUCCACAAUGUGUCUCUUUCAUGGACAAUACAUUCUAUGCAAUUACUCACAAGAUGAAUCCAACACUUACAAAAGAAAUUAAUACUUGAAAGUUUACCUUAAAUACUGAAACUCGGAUGGCAGAUUGAUGUAUUGGAGAUAAAUUAUAGCAGUACAAAAUGAAUUCAUCAAAAUUCAUUGGUGCUAUUUGCAGUUUAUAUCACGGCUAAAACUUGUUGACAACUGUUAUGCAGAUAACUUUUACACGUGUAAGUGCGAAAAAGAGUGAAAACAUUCAAUAAGGAAAAUACUUUUUAUAAUUAUGUACAUAGUUGAAUUACUUUCAUAAAGUUUUGUUUAAUAAAUCUACUAUUAUAAUUCCCUC